AUGUUCCCGCUGCAGCUGCUCGCUCUGCUCUUCAUCUCCACGCCGAGACCCGAGCCCGGAGACAAGAGGAAGAGGAGGGACGAGGAGACGAAGUACGAUCUGACCUUCAGGAGGGGGGACCUGCUGGAGGUUCCCAGGACUCUGUUCACUCACUUUGGGAUUUACCUGGGCGGCGGCAGAGUCGCCCACUUCAUCCCAGACAUCAUGCCCGUCAUCUCCAGUGACCAGAUUCAAAUCAAACAGAUGGUCACCAACACCAGACUCAUACUGGGAGUACUGGCCAAGUGUGGCAGUGUGAGGGUGGACUCGGUGGAGGACUUCGCCUACGGAUCUGAGAUAUUCAUCAACACGAUUGACAAGGUGUGCAGCCGGCCGGCGCUGCAGGGGGAGGAGGUGGCCAGGAGGGCGGAGAAGCUGCAGGGCCACGUGGACUACAGCCUGCUGUGGUAUAACUGCGAACACUACGUCAUGUACUGUCGAUACGGCACCGUCCUGAGCUACCAGACGUUUCAGUUCUGUAAAACGGUGAGGAAGCUGUUGCUGAGUCGGCGUGUUGCCAAGGCGACGGCGGUGAUAGGUGUGUGUCUGCUGCUGUACCUGGAGGCUGUGACCGCCUGCUCCGCCAUGCUGGCUGUCCUGCUGCCCUUCCUCAUCUGGAUGGCUGCGUAA